AUGCACGGUGUCGAUAAUCCAGCGGCAACAAUCACUAAUGACAAGGCAUUACCAGCAUCGCCUCCAACUGCACAUCGUGCAUCGCUCAUCCCAAAAACUCAAUCGGAAAAACCAACAACCGAUAGUGAACCAUCAACUCACAAACUUUCACCAUCCAUGUUCUUCUCUUCGACACUUCAUUCUUUGGGUAUAAUAUUUGGCGACAUUGGGACAAGUCCUCUCUAUGUUCUUGAUACGAUUUUUUCCAAUAAGAAACAACAUCCGAAAGAAUAUCAAUGUAUCGGAGCAGUUAGUCUUAUCAUUUGGAGUUUAAUUCUUGUCGUUUCAAUCAAAUAUGCAAUAUUCAUUUUGAAAGCAGAUAAUAGGGGUGAAGGUGAUGGUGCUUUGACUCCAGCUGUAUCAGUUCUUUCAGCAGUCGAAGGAUUAGCUUUGACUACUCCGAAUCUACACAAAUGGGUCGUUCCAAUAACUGUCGCGAUUAUAUUUUGUUUGUUUUUCGGACAACAAUGGGGAACAUCUAAAAUAGGUAACACAUUUGGUCCCAUAAUGUUUCUUUGGUUUGGUUCAUUAUUCUCAAUUGGAAUCUGGCGAAUUCGAUUGAGUCCAAGUAUUCUCAAAGCAUUUAAUCCCUAUCAAGCCAUUAUCUAUUUGAUACGCGAGAAGACAGCGGGCUUCUAUCAUAUAGGUGCAUGGAUUGCUAUAUUGAUUGCUCUCAUCUUUUUUGUGAUUGGUUUCUCAUGGUAUUAUGGUCAAAAACGUUUGAAAAACUAUAUGCGUAUUCAAUCGAUAACAGCUCCUCUCAACGAUCUUUCAAUGCGUUUUGGCUUGAGAACACAACGUCAACCAUCAAUUUUUGUUGCUAAUAAUCCUCAUUUUGAUAUUCAAAACCUCUCCGAUAGCGAUGAUGAUGAUCAGCUAUCUCCUGUUUCUCCAAUUCCAAGCCGUUUUGCCCUUUUAACCAAUGUUCCUCUAUCAUCAGUUCAAAAUCGAAUUGAACUACAUGAUAUGGGUGAGGAAACUCCUGUAAGCGUCACCCCUUGUGUCGGUUGUUUUCUCACCCAUAACCGUCGACAGACGCCUCAUGUUUUUGAAAAUUAUAUUCAACUUCUUCAUUCAAUUCCUCAAAGCAUUAUAUUUCUUCGAAUUCAAUAUGCACGAGUACCGUUUGUGGCUAAAGAGAAACGUCUAUUAAUUAAAUUGUAUGGUGACAUAUAUUAUAUCUCGGCCACAUUCGGCUACGCGGAAACGAAGAAAAACUCUGUUUAUGACGAUAUUCUUCUUCUAGCCAAAGAGCUCUAUCAAUUACCAAUACCGGAUAAUGAAACAAAAAUUACUUUUUUUAUUUCCAACCAAACUAUUGUCAUUUCAAAGAAAGGUUGGCGUUCAUGGAUGACUCGAUGGCCAUUAUAUAUUUAUUCAAUACAGAAAAGCCUGGUUCCUCGUGAAGCGAUCAAUAUUCAAAUGAAUGCUAAAAAUACCGUUCAAAUUGGUAUUAUUGCUGAACUUUGA